AUGGCUGACAAAUCCACAGUUGCACGAGUGGCAGACGAUGGCUGGCGGUUCCUCUGCACAAAUCCCCGUUCGCGACCCAGACUUCGACUUAUCGGCCAAUCUGUUCCCCGUGCAGAUGUCAUCGUUACCACAUGCGGCGAAGAGAUUGAUGUUGUCAUGGACACCGUCAGAGCAGCGUGUGAUCUCGACUAUCCUGCUGACAGAUACAGGGUGCUGAUUGCUGAUGAUGCUGCAAACCCGGACCUGGAGAUGCAGAUCGCAGCUCUCGCAACCAAGACUCCUGUGACUUUGCUAUACUACGCAAGACAAAUCAAAGGCGGUAUGAAGGCCGGUAACAUGAACUCUGCACUCAAUUAUCUACACAGUCUCGGUGGAGCUGAGUAUUGCACGUUUUGUGAUGUCGACAUGGUCUUUGAGCCAGAGUUCCUCCGAGCCACUCUCCCUCUUCUUGUUAGCGACGAUGAAGUUGGAGUUGCAGUCGUCCCGCAGAGAUUCUACAAUGUGCCGACCAACGAUCCGCUCUAUCAAAGUCUUAACGUGGAUGGCAAGUUUGACGAGAUUCAGCGCGACAGCAUGAACUGUGCAUGGGUCACAGGCCCAGGCGUUGUUUUCCGUUGCAGGGCAGUCAGAGACAUCGGAGGCUUCCCGGAGAAUGCUCUUGCUGAAGACAUCAUGACCGGCUUCACACUUCAAGGCCGAGGAUGGAAAGUCGUCUACUGCCGUGAAGAGCUCCAAUUUGGACUCGUUCCGGACACCUUCAAGGCUCAUGUCACGCAAAGAAUGAAAUGGUUUGUCGGACGUCUUCGCAACUCUCGCAGAUUGAACUGCGCUAUAGCGUCGCCACUAGUCGCAGGCAUGACUUGGAAGCAGCGCAUUUCCGCAAUCUGCCAUUGCGCUUCGCCUAUCGCAUCCAUGAUGAACAGACCACUCUGCUCCUGGAUCAUCCUCUUACUCAUUGCUUCCGGACAACCACUCAUUACCGCCAAGUCUGACCAACUGCAAUCGAUUCUCUUCGUCUACUUCCUUUCCAAAAUAACAGCUCACGCGGAGGAGUUGCUCGCAAGCACAAGUUGCGGAUAUCUAGCACUCCGCCGCAGGAUUGAAGGAAUGCACUGGCUACACACACAUCUCUUCUUCGCUCUCGCCAAAGAAUUGGUUCCGAAGUCACUCGCCGGAUCCCGUAUCGGAUUCAUACCAACAGCACUGGCAGAAUCCAAAAUUCAGGAGCGCCACACCGAUCGACGUCCCGGACUCCUCAGACGAUUGCGAGUCAUGUUCCUUUACCAAGAGUUAUGGUACCACGUCGUUGUCGUGCUGGCCGCAGCAAUGAUCUUCAGUUUCGCGCUUGUCAAGUCCAAUAACGAAGGAAGUUUGCGAUACCUUCUUACGCACUUGCUGGUGCCAGGAGCCGCAUGGAGCAGUCACUUUGCUUCGUUGCGACCAAUCGCAUACGCCUUGUGGCCACCAACCAUGCCGGAAAGACGCGAGCUGAUGACACGCGAAUAUGCCAAACCACGACCAGAGGCGAAGGUGAAUGAAGAUCAUCUUCAGUUGCACUUGGAGGAGAGCUCUGAUGGCUCCACAUUCGAGGUUUGGCGACCAAGAGCAGAACAGAAGCUCGAAUUCUGGGAUGCUUGGGCAAUUUUACCGGAGAUCCCACGUCAUAUUAGUUUGUUGUUUUGGGUCGCUGUCGGCUUGAGACUGUGGCAGUGA